CUCAUUCGCUGUUGAGGCGUGCGUUGCGAUGGAUCUCUUCUCAUGAUGCUGUGAUGAAAUCUUCUAUAGGAAAUAUGUGAAUAUGAAGGAAAUGAAACUAUUACGAUUAAAAAGAACUUCCUCGAAUGUUUUGUUCUUUUAAUAAGUUUAUUGAUCUGUUGGUGCAGUGAUGUAAUCGAUGCAUCGUUUUCUCACCAAUAAAAUUUGUGGUUUUGACGAGAGUAACGGAAAAAAAAUAAAAACUCGAAGGAUCGUGAAAUUUAUUGAUAAAUUUAUGUGAAAAAAAAAAAUACACAAUGGGAACGAAGUUUGCAGCGUAUACUUUAAAGUUAACCAAUUUAAAUGAAUAUUAUCAAAGGCUUCUUCACGGUAGCCAACCGCUUCCAUCUGGUACUGACAUGGCUAAUACCGUAAAGCACUUGUCGCAAACUUUGUUAUCUGUUUUGAAAGAAGCCAGAGAAGCACCAUUGGAAAUGAUCAAAUCGCAAAAAUUUGAUUCCGAACGCAUGGCUCUUUAUCCUAAUUUGGAUUAUAAACAAUUGUACAAUGCUUUGACCCAGUUGAUGGACGUUAUCCCUUUAAUCCACAUUGGUUUACAAGCCUUUGGACAAGCUCUGUUACAAUGUUUGGCUUGUCUCUUACCAUUUCUCGAGCAUGAUCUGAUCGAUAAUAUGCCAUAUUUAGCAGCAAGUUCUAUCUCUGUUUUACCGAUGGAACUUCAUCAAGAUAUCGUUAAUUAUUUAUGUUUUUAUAUUCUACCAUUUACAAUAACAAGAAAAACCGAAGAUAAUAAUGAAAAUUCUGCCAGUCAAUCCAUCGCGGCAGUGAUAAUGAUGAUUUUUCAAUACUCUAAUAAUCCAGCACACCAUUGUCAAUUACUGGAAUGUUUAAUGACGUUGAAGCCAGGAGUAGUUAAGGACAUAUUAUGCGUGAUCGCUUAUGGCACUGCACCAGCAAGAGCAUCUGCUGCAAAAUUAUUGUUUUACUAUUGGCCUUCAUUCAAUCCAAAUUUAUUUGAUCGUCGAGCGGUUUUAGUGAAGUUCGCAAAUGAUCUUUCUCCUUUCGUAUGUCAAAGAGAUUCUUGUCCAAACGCUGGUAAUGCCGAAGCAGGAAAAGUUUGUUACGAUCACAGAAUUUCGAUUACUUUCGCUACCGAAUCACCACCACCACUUUAUCUUUGUAUUGAAUGUGCUAAUGAGAUUCAUCGUGAACAUCCAAAUCAAAUGUUUUACGACAUCUUACAUCCGAUGCAGCAGGUGUCAAUGGUUUGUGAAAAUAAGAAUUGUAGAGCGUCGGACAAAUCGGCGAUCAGCGUUUGUUUUUCAACGGAAUGUGCAAGUUAUAAUGGAAAUCAUCCGAUUCGUUAUUGUCAGCAAUGUCACAACAUUCGACACAAUAAUCGUCGUGGUGGUGAUCACAUUUAUCACAUGGCUCUGCCACAUAUCUCACAACUGGACGCUCAAACUCGAACUUAUUUGGUUCAAGCUAUCGUCAGCCUGCUCAAGGAAGCUGAACCGCUAAGUAUGGAUAGUAACCGCGACAUCUCAGAAAUAAGUACUAAUAAGGGCAGCACAGGAUUCCCAGGAAGCAGUGGCGGUGGCGGUGGCGGUGGCGGUGGCAGUAGCGGCAUUAGCGGAGGUGGUUCUGGAGGUGGCAGCGGUGGUGGUCUUGGAAGUAGUGGCUUCUCUGGAGCUGGUGGAUCGGUUCAAUGCGAUCCUACGACACUCGAGGAGAGACAACUUUUAGGAAGAUAUGGCGUUUGGCUACUCGUGGGACUCUGUACCCCGAACCAGGAUACCCCGAUUGAAAUACUCGGGCGUUUAUUGUCAAUGCUAUUUCAUUGGUUUCAUGUCACUGCCUACUCUUUCGAUGGCCAAGCCGAAAGUGCGCUUGAAAAACUAAAGACCGAGUACGUCUGUGGUUGGCUAUCUAAAGUUAUGAAAACCCAUUACGACGUCUUCAUUUCCUGUCUUUUACCACAUCCAGCUGAUUACGUUAGAGUCGGAGGUCAUUGGGAGACUUUGGCCUCGAGAACGUCACAUUUGAAAGACGGUUUAAAUCGGCUUUUUUGCUUGGUUCCUUACGAGGUAAUCACAACCGACGUAUGGGAUUACGUGAUGCCACAUUGGAUGGAAGCAAUGGUUAACGACGUACCGGAACAUGAACUUCACGAACUAAAGAUGAUUCUUUGUAAAAUUUUAGAUCCAGAUAUGAGCCCGUUAGGUUUUGAUGCAAAAAAGAUGUAUAAUUUCGUAGCGAAAAGAUUUAUCAAUACCAGUCCAAAAGUGCAAGAACAAGCACUUAAUUGGCUUCAGACAUUGACAAUGUUAGAAAUUAUGAUUCCGUUAUGUCAAUUGUUCUCGAUGUUCAGUGACGGAGUCGCGGUAAUGGGGAAAAUGAAUACGACAGAAUCUGAAGAAAAACCUAAUAAAGCUAUGAAAAAUAUCGAAGGUGACAAUACGAUAUUCGUAGAAAAUGAAUCAGGCAAAUCAACGCCUCUUUCUGAUGAUGCUAUUCCUAUCCCAAGACAUAUGGAAUUUAAUACCAACGCGGAAUUAAACUUAUCUUGUUGCAUUCUUAUGCUCGAUAUUCUAUUAAAGCAGAUGGAGCUACAAGAUGUUGAUAAACACACUGGCAUCAACUCCUCGGUCUGUAAGAACGCGUGUCAUCUUAUGAAAUCAAUAGUAGCAUCAAACUGGAACAAUUGUCAUAUAUGUGACUCUAAAAACGAAUGCAGUUAUUGCGAAUCAAGAGUAAUAUGGCACCAACUGUGUUUACAAUUGGUCACUUACAUGGCUCCAGAAAAUCCGGCGUAUCCACCGGAUACGAUAAUCGAUGAAACAGUGGAAGAUCACGGCCGUAAGGGUUCACCAGAAUCUACUAGGAAAAGCGAUUCGAAGCCAGAUGUUGUCAUUAAUAUGCCAGUUCCAGAGUUACAUUCCGUUGGUGGUGUCCUCGUCCAUAUGCCUCACUUCUUCGAACAGAUCAUGACAGCCACAGUAGAAACAGUUUCGGAGCAAUUGGAUCUUGCGGCUAUCAUGCCAGCUGAAAAAGUCAUGUCUGCCGUAGCACGAGCUGUUACCCUUUCGGAUACCGACGUUGCUACGGCAACGGUUAGCGUAGCGAAACCACAUCUCAUAGGAGAAAAUGAUCAACCUUUGAACUGUAGUCCGGAGAAUGAGCUCGAUGAUUUUUGGCAAACUUCCGUUGGCAAGUUUCGAUUUUCCAUCGAUGAAUUACCCGAACAGUUACAAUAUAUACACAAACUUCUUAAGGAGAUCCAGACUAUCGACAAAGCCGACAUUUUGUAUUACAUGUUGCAAUGUUUAAAUGUUAUGUGUUUGUAUGGGGAUGCAUUUAAUACAGCGGUAAAAGAUCAUCAAGGCUUUUUCAUUUGGUGUCAAGAAAAUUUAUUGAUAAGAAACUUGUGGGAACUUUUGAAUGCUGAAUAUUCUCACAUAGCUGAAGUUACUGUACCUCUGUUGUUGCAUUGUGUGACACUACCUUGUGGAACCGAUACAUUUUGUCGCUUGAUCAAAGAAGAAUUUCAAAAUUCUGAUUGGCGUAUUAGAUUUUUAGCAGUGGAAAGAGUAACAUUGAUCGCUAGAUUUAUGGAUUCGACGCCAUUACGAAACGUUUUGAGUCUGCAAGCUGCAUUAGCAAUUGCUUUCUGUUAUUUAAUCACCAGUAUGGACGAUAGCAACGUCUAUGUCGCACAAAGAGCUACUCUUUAUCUUGGUACAAUCCAUGAUACUUCCGUACGUUCUUUAAUUCUUUGUUUGGAAACUCAAUUCGACUUAGUAAUCGAAGAUCGACCAAUGGUGUUACAAUCGCUGUAUCAACUUCACAAUUGCUUAAGUGACCGCCGUAUUUUAACUUGGGAAUUUUUUCUCAAUCGUUUUGACGCAGUAUUUCUCGAAGCUCAAAUCAAUUUAGAGAAAUCUGGAGAUAUAGUUUAUUUACGUGAUCUCAGAAAUACUGAUUUGAAUAGUGAGGUUUUCAUGAAGAAAUUACACAGAGCUCACGAAGCGCUUUCUCAAUCCGAUGGAAGUGGAACAAGUUCCGUAAAAACUCUGAGCGCGAAUUUCGGAACGAAAUGGCCAUAUAAACGAACUAUGUCAGCACCCGCAUCGAUGAUCCCCAGGCAGGAUACUAAACAAGAAAAGGAAAAGAUCUAUAGUCGACAAUAUUCCGCACCUAUUUUGAAGCGCAAGAGCUCCAGAUUCGGACUGGGUCAGUUGCUGGGGCCCACCCCACCUAAUAACAGUAUUUCAGAUGGCCAUGUACAUUCAUUGAAUAUGGUCGACGAAGGCGGUACUUUACCAAAUUAUACGCAUAAAAUUGUUGACUUUGAAGAAGCUGAUAAAGAAACCAUUCAUUUAUUAGUUUUUCUUUUAAUGCAAUUUCUUUCUAGACAAGAUCAAGCAUAUCCGACAGAUGAAAAACCAUUAUCAAAGACGCAAGGAAUAGUUUUACGACAUUUAUAUCUUUUGUUAGGAUAUAAUCAAACAGAACGAACAUUCCAUAUUUCUCCACAAAGAUUGAGACUUUCUCCAGUAUUCAAUGUCUUUGUGGCUAAUUUACCACAACUAUUGGAUCAAAAUCAUGUAAUGGGUUGGGUAAUGACACCACCAGUUUUGGCUAUAUUACAACAUUGUCCUUGUCCACCGCAAGGUGUUCCUCCAACAGAUCAUCAACAACCUACAUAUAGUCUUUGGUAUUUAGAACCACAUAUUAGACGAUCCUGGUUGAUGUCUCUUCUUGUUAUAUUAUAUAAGUGUCAAUACAGUCAACAACCGUGGUGUAAUCAAUUACAAGCUUUGAUAAAAAUAGUAUUAAAUACACUCGAUGCACAGCAUCAUCAAUGUAAGAGAAUACCGGCUACAGUGGUAAUGGGUGGACCUCCUUCUAGAUCACGUGAUGUAUCACAGCCAUCUCUUGGAGUAGAUCAUGAGUUGGCGGCCAGUGCAAUGGGUGAAUUUGAUAGCGAAAGUCCACCGAUACGUACACCAUUGAUAUCGGUUCAUCAACGUAGUCCAAGUGCUAUUCACAGUCAAUCUCUUGCAAUGGAAACUCAUUGGGAAGAGAGUGGCCCACCUUGUCGCUACACAAACAAACACUCAAGCUGUUCGAUCAAUGCGGAUGAUACGGAGUCCGAGCUGGCUGCAAUACCAGAGAGUCCAAAAUCUGACAGCACCUUGCAUGGUAGUAGUGGAGGAUCUCUUGGCGAACUGGAGGAAAGUACAGCUGUUGUCACUCGAAGUGCCUCUAUACAUGGUGCCAGAACGUCUACAACCAGUGAUAUAGUUGGAAAAAUUGAAGUUAAUCAUUCGAAUCGAUUGAAAUCCGGAAUGCCAGCAACAAGACCAACUUGGUUUUUAGGAAGCGAGGAUGAUACGCAUCAAGCUAACAAAUUUGGAACUCAAAAAAAGUGGAGCGUUCACGAAGGUGUCAAAAUGAUGGUAACAAGUACUUUUCUAGGUGGACAGCAUGAAUCCUCUAAACAGCCAUCGAUGUCAAAAGUAUCAAUAACAGAAGAAAAAGGUCAAUUACACUUUAAUGGAGAUAAUAUACCUGCGAGGCCAUUUGGAUUGUCUAGUGCCUUUGCUGUAGCUACAAGUAUAUCUCAUAUUCAAAGAUACGAACCGCCAGCAGAGAAAACACCUCCUUCUGUACCAAAAAUGGCAGAUUCACCAAACUCUAAACAGUUAGGUCGACAAAAACACGUGGAACAGCCAACAACUAUAGUAUCGCCAGUCUCUCCAUGCCAAGCUAUUACAGUUACUAGCAGUGACCAAUCUAGUUCACCUGCGAUGAGUUCUAUAUCUUCUCAAAUUACAAGUACAGAGAAUGGACAACAUGCCAGUUGGUUAGGAAGCCCACAACUUCCGAUGACAACGCCGACAAUCGAACGAUUAUUACCAAUUGGUACAACUCGACUAACAGCUUCAAGAACUUCCCAACGUGUAUUGCGAUGCGAGGAUGCAUAUGGAUCUCCAGAAUCACCCCUUUCUAAAAUGGAUGUGUUGACAGUCAGUUCAUCGUUUGAACAAGACAGUGAAACUUGUAUGUCUAGCGAUGUUACCAGUCCACGAAGUAUUUCUCAACUUGAAUUUCCCAUGCCUGAAAGACUUUUACCUAUUGGUCCACAAAGAGACAUAUCCCGCCUCGCUGAACGUGUUCGACAAGCACUUGGUGUAACUGACAUCGAUGAUACUAAUAAAAAAAAUAACGAUGUCAAGGAUGAAACCAUUACUUCCUUAAAGCAAGACAGCAUUACCUCAGAAAACAUGUCUACCUCACUUAUGCCAACAUCAAAUGAGAUACAUUCCAGUAGAUCAGCAAGUCCUAGAAGAUUAAUCAAACAAGUAGCUUUAGAAUCACCUCCUCCAGCCAUCGAGGGAACAGAUUUUAAUUCACGAAUAUUCGAACAGGAGAAAAAAACUAAAUCAAAAGAUCAGAUACGCAUACAAAGAGAUAAGCCUCGAAAAGUAGGAACGGUGACAGCUCCGGAUGUAGCAUUUGCAAGACAUAUGAAUUCAUGGUCUGGUCCACAAAUACAAUCAAAUUUAGAUUAUGUAUCUCAACAAGCAUAUCACGCAAAUUUUAAUUUAAAACAAAGUUUAUUUCGUAUUGGUGAUGACUGUGUAUAUGAUAGGUGCUCUGAUUGUGGAACUAUAAAAGAAGAAUACUCUGAUGAAGAACUUGGUCUUUGCAUCAUUAUUUUAGGAACGUUCAUACAUCGUGAACCGUCCUUAGCUGCGCCUCUUUUACCAGAAAUUCUUAGUGUAGUAACAAAAGUGGCUUUACAUGCAAUGUAUCCAUGGCAGAGCGAAACUAACAUGCAUCUACCUGGUGGUGCGAUUAGCGUGGCUCAUCAAUUUCUAAGAUGUGUCCUUCAUCAACUAGCGCCUAAUGGGAUAUUCAUGCAAAUGUUCCAAACACACCUUAAUGAAUCUACACGAAUGCAGUUCUUCAAAAGUGUUGCACAAGCUUUAGUUGAUUUUAAUGAAUUGAAUCCAAUAGCACCUUUACAGUUAUUGUUAGAGACUCUAAAUGCAAAAAAGUCUCUACCAGUGGAACGUUUACCAAUAAUACUCCACAACAUAGCUUGUUAUUUGGAUUGCUUGCCAUUGGAAGCAGGUUUAGGACCUGGGGCAGCAACAUGGAGUGGAUUAUUAACACAAUUUGAUGGAUUAUUUCGUAGGCUUGUGUUAAUGCUCUCAUCUAUCGAAGACACUUUGCCAUUAUUACGAAUUAUGAUUUCUGUAUUAAAAGUUCCAGGCAUACAACAAUCAAAAGGACUGUUGGAUCCAUUUUCAAAAGUAUUAAGUUAUGCCAUACAGAAUUCUACAUUGAAGUACAGUUAUUUGAUAGACUUGUGCUAUCUUUGUCACAGAGGAUUUACCCGCGAUAGAGACAAACAUUUCUUGGGUAGAACUAUAGUGUUUGAAUUAAUUCAAGUUAUAAAAUUUAAAACAACGAUACCAGAUUCCAAUUUAUUGUUAUUACUUCACUUUGUACUUCAGGAUAUAGGAGGUGCUUUACCUAAUACUGUUGCUAUGGAACAGAUUCAAAGUGAUGUUCCCUCAAUUUAUAAUACUAAUGCAUCGGAUUCAUUAAGAAGUCAAUUAUUUGAAGUUCUUGACUUUUUAGCAGAUUUUCAUACCCUUAGUAAGAUCAAGAGUUACAAUAAAGGAUUACAAGCUGGUUUGAAUGAAGAUACUUUGGGUGGAAUGCUAAAAUGCGGUUUGGCACAAUAUGUUGCAAUAGAAAUUACCAAAGGAAAUAAUAGAGAAAACAGAGCUGUAGGACGAUAUUUAUCAUGGCUUUAUAGUGCACCAUCUAUGAUACAGCAAGGGGCUCGUGAGUAUGUGGAUUGUAUUGGACAUAUCAGAUUAUUAUCAUGGCUGUUGUUAGGCUCUCUUACGCAUUCAGCGAUGUUCACUGGUAAUAGUAAUACUCAUAGUCAUGGAUCUCCAAUCUCAUCUGCACAACCAAUACCACAGGAAAUGUCUUGUCAUGUAGCAGAUCAUAUACAAGUAAUUUUUUCAGCAUUUCCUGAACAAUCCAAAGCAUCUGUGCUUCAUAUGUCAUCUUUAUUUCAUGCAUUUAUUCUUUGUCAGUUAUGGACAAUGUAUCUGGAGGAGCUAUCAAAAAAUAAUCCAUCAAACAGCGAGAGUCAAAAUGUUACUAUGAAUACCCUACUAGAAUUUUGGGGAAAAAUCACACCAUGUAUUCUUCAAUUGGUUUCUUGUUCAAAGAUACUUGCAGAAAUGGUGAAUCUACAUUUUCUGAGUCUUUUGGAAGCUCUUUUAGAAUGUGGUUCCAUCGUAUUAAGUAAACUAUUGCCUCUUUGGAGUCCCAUUUUAUUUUCUCAUCAUGCUCAGUUACCAGGGCAUUUACAAGUACGAUUACAAAACUGUCGUGAUUUUCCACCAAGUAGAAUGUCUGAACAUUUUGUUUCAAUCAGACGAGAAUCAAACGCGGUACUUCUACGAUGGUUACACCGAUUACAGUUUAAAAUGGGUCAAAUAGAAAUGCAGUCUUCAACAGCAACACAAUUUUACUCCAUCUAAAAGAUUUAUAUAUAACAAAAUAAAAUUAAAUAAUGAUUAUAUAUAACGGCCAAAGAUAAUAAUGUUAUCAUUAUGAAAAUUAUAAUAUAUAAAUUGUUAUGUGUU